AGGGGCGGGGCGGGCAUGGCGGCGGCGGCGGGCGGCGGGGAUGAAGCGGCGGCGGAGGCGCGCGUGCGGGCCUGGGCGGCGGGGCAGGCGGCGCGCGGGCGGCGCGUGGCGCUGGUGACGUCGGGGGGGACGCAGGUGCCGCUGGAGGCGCGCGCCGUCCGCUUCCUGGAGAACUUCAGCAGCGGGCGGCGCGGCGCCGCCUCGGCCGAGCGGCUGGUGGCGGCCGGUUACGGCGUCUGCUUCCUGCACCGGGCCCGCUCCGCCUUCCCCUGGGCGAGAGCCCUCCCGCCGCCCGGGCCCGCCCUGCUCGACGCCCUCCGCCUCACUCCCGGGCCGCCGCCCGGCGUGGCCGCCGACCCCUCCGCUCUCCCCGCCUUCCUUCCCGCCCUCCGCGACUACCGCCGCGCUACCGAGGCCGGGGCGCUGCUGGCCAUCGAGUUCACCGGCCUGGCCGAGUACCUGGCGCUGCUGCGGGCCGCCGCCCGCGCCUUGGCGCCCUUCGGCUCCAGCGUCAUGUUUUACCUGGCAGCUGCCGUGUCGGAUUUCUACAUCCCCGCCUCGGAGAUGCCUGAGCACAAGAUCCAGUCCUCGGAGGGGCCCCUGCAGAUCACAAUGAAGAUGGUGCCAAAAAUGCUGUCUCCUCUGGUCAAAGAAUGGGCCCCAGAGGCAUUUGUUAUUUCCUUUAAACUGGAGACGGAUCCCUUGAUCUUAAUCGAUAAAUCACGGCAGGCUCUGGAGAAAUAUCGUCACCAGGUGGUGGUAGCAAAUAUCCUGGAGUCGAGGAGAACCUCUGUUAUUAUUGUAACCAAAGACUCACAGACUCCAUUAUCUCUUUCUGAUGAGGAAAUAGCGCAAGGCAUGGAGAUAGAGGAGAAGAUAGUGAGCUAUCUUCAGGGCCAACAUACUGCAUUUAUAGAGAAUGAAAGUCUGAGGACCGUCUCUGAAUGAAACAAGUGAAAUUGUACUAGAGAGGGAGUGGAGCUGGAGCCAUUCUCUAUCCCAGGUAAAUAAAACAAUCCUCAGUGAAACACUGUGGGAAAGGCUGCCGUCCAAAACAGUGUAACUUUUCUACAGCUCAGUAAUGGUUAUUGUUGCUUGCUUUGAAAAAGAAAAAUACACUGAAGUGAAAACAUUCCAAAGGAUGAUAUUUGUUCUGGUGUCUAAGGAAGGAAAAGAUAUGUUGCUUUAUUUCUGUCCCGUGGGCUGGGAGAACCGGGAGGUGGAGAAAUGGUAUGUAUGUCUGUAUAUAAAAGACUUUCUUGA